GACAGCUCGGCAAACGGGAGGAGCGUAACUUGCGCUUCCAAAACCCUUUCGGGCAUUAUUGAUUUUUCGAGAGGAAAGAUAUGCAAUGUGCUUGGCAUAGAAGUUUAUGUUGAGUUUUCGACUCUUUGGCAUAUAUGAAAUGAUCGUGUUGUCCUGAGAGCUCCUCCAAGACACUCACGGAACAUCAUACCUUCUUCACACAUCAUGGCGACCAUGUCCACUUUGCAGCUGCCAGACAGCUACUCUCUUGCGAAUGUGAAGAACCUUCUCCAGAAUCACCAGGGAGACGAUGCCGCAUUCGUUACAUUCCUUCUCUUCUGCUAUCUUUUCUAUACCCUCAAAGUACGCGACAAGGCAGACCCAUAUCACCAUCUCUGGUUCGAGAGACCGCAGGCAUCAGCUAUCAGUGGCCAGAGCGCGGAGACAAGAGAUGUUGGACAGAAGCUUGAGCAAACCGGCAAAGACUUUGUGAUCUUCUGGGGUUCCCAGUCCGGUACCGCAGAAGGACUCGCAAAUCGCCUGGCUCGAGACUGCCGCAAGAAAUUUGGCUUGAAUGCCUUGGUAGCAGAUCUCUCAGAUUACGACCCCCAGUCGAUCUCCACCAUCAGCAAAUCAAGCUUUGCAAUCUUCGUCAUUUCAACAUACGGAGAGGGAGAUCCCAGCGACAAUUCCACACAAUUCUUCUCUUGGAUCGGUUCGAAUAAAGAGACCCAGCUUCCAGAUCUCCGUUAUGUAGCGUUCGGGCUUGGAAACAGCAAAUACAAGUUCUACAAUCGCGUUAUCGAUGUUGUUGUUGAAGGAUUGGAUAAAUUUGGUGCCACGGCAUUGAUGCCAACUGGAAAGGCAGAUGAUGCGAAUGGAGCCACAGACGAGGACUUCACAGAGUGGAAGGAAAAUCUUUUCAAAUUGAUGGGAGAGAAGCUGGGCUUCGAGGAGCGUCCAGAACAGUAUGAGCCUAUCUACCGCAUUGUUGAAGACACCUCUCUCGAUAUCAUUGAUCUCCACCGCGGCGAGCCACUCCAGCCUCGUGGAAAGAAGAACACGGCAGCGACAUCAUCCAUCCAUGCUUUGCCGGUCAACUCAGCACAUAAGCUUCUCUCAACAGUGGAACGAAACUGUCUCCACAUGGAGCUCGAUACCAGCGAGUUCCCCGAGCUGAAAUACAAGACAGGUGAUCAUCUGGCUGUGUGGCCUUCCAACCCAACAAGCGAGAUGAGCCGUCUCGUCAACAUGCUGGGACUGCAGGACCACUUGCAGACACCUCUUCUCAUCUCCUCACUUGAUCCUUCAGUCCAGGUCAGACAUCCAUCACCUACAACCUGGCACUCUCUCUUCCAACACUACCUCGAGAUCUGCGCGCCUGUUCCCAGAGAGACUGUCCUUUCCCUGGCACAAUUCGCACCUUCUCCCUCCGCCAAGAACCAGCUUGAGAAAAUUGGUAGCGACAAAGAUGUAUACCACACAUAUUGCUCGCAGAACCACACUACACUCGACAGACUUCUCGAGAACGUCUCCUCACCAGGAGACUCGUGGUCCAACCUCCCCCUAUCCUUCAUCCUCGAAGCACUCCCACCCCUCUCCCCACGCUACUACUCCAUCUCCUCAUCCUCCGUCGUCUCCCCCAAACAAAUCUCCAUCACCGUAGCCACAACCUCCGAGCCCGCCUCCUCCACCUCCGUCCCCAUCCCAGGCCUCACAACCGGCUACCUCGGCGCCAUCGAAUCCAGAGGAAGCAGCCCAGCCUCUGGUAGCGACUUCAACCUCUCCGGCCCAAACUCAGUCCUAGACCAAGGCAACAAACUCUUCGCCCACGUCCGCAAAUCUAAAUUCCGCCUCCCAGCACAAGCCAAGACACCCAUAAUCAUGAUCGCAUCCGGCAGCGGCAUCGCCCCCUUCCGCGGCUUCCUCGCCGAGCGCGCACGCAUCUCCAGUAUCGGUCGUGAAGCCGGCUCCUCAAUCCUCUUCUUCGGCUGCCGUGCUCCAGAAGACCUUUUGUAUGGCGAUGAACUCAAAUCCUUACAGAGCAGUAACGAGAAUGUAGAUCUCGUGACUGCGUUCUCACGCACGGAGAAGAGUACCCGUGGUGGAAAGAUGUAUGUCCAGGAUCGGGUUGAGGAGCGCGCCGCGGAUGUGGUGCGGUUGCUGAUGGAGGAGAAUGCGUAUUUUUAUAUCUGCGGCAGUGCGAGUAUGGCACGGGAUGUGGCGAAGAGGUUGGGUGAGUGUUUGAGGGAGAGGUUGGGGUGGGAUGAGGAUCGGUUGAGGGAGUGGACGGAGGGGAUGAGGAGGGGGAAGAGGUGGCAGGAGGAUGUUUGGGGUUAAGACUAAUUUGUUAUGUGCUCGUUACCUAUGUAUAAGAAAU